UCUGUUGGCGCAACUGAAACGCGUCGGUUGUUCGUGUUGAGUCCGCGCACGUUUCUCGGCUAACCGUUAGCGAGUUCUCAGUGAGAGAAAAGAAUAGUGUUUUUCUGCUUUUGGCCAAACUAACGUUAGUUUUUGGGCCGCCAACCAAAUCGAACACCAGCAACAACAGCAAGUAUUAGAAAAGCCAAAUCGCGCCACAUGCAAAUUCAUUGGAAAAGCCAAACACACACACACGCACACACUGAGAAGUAUUAGCUGUAGAGGAGCAGCAGAUACAAUUGCCAGAUAAGUUCUGCUGCACAGUGGGACGAAGCAACGGCAACUGAAAACUGGAAAUCACCGAGAGAAAGAGACAGAGAGAGAAAGAGUGUGAGACGUGCCACAUGAUGCCACAAAUGCUGCUCAAUUCGAUAUCCAAGUGCUAAGCAACAAUACUAUUAUUAUUAUUAGUCGUAUCUUGGGAGCGCUGUGCCAUACAUUCUCAUAAGUAGCUCGAGAGCAUAAGGAAAACAUAUUCGAAAUACGAGAGGUGUCGAGUGCAUCGCCCAGAAGUCAGCUGCAGAUACCAGACCGCGAGGCUCCCGCCCCAACUGUUGCCCCCUCUUCGUGUGUCCGCAUAGGCGUAGGUCGUGGCCAAGGUGUUCAAAGGCAAACGGAGCGGCAGCCGCAACGAGGUGUACACAUUCGGCACCAUGGAGGGCGGUUACGUGAACGAAGAGGAUUCCGAUGCCAUAAUGGGCGUGGAAAGUCCAGCCAUCAUAUCCUAUACCAAUCCAAACAUGCAAAAUUCAUCAAUUUAUGCGCCAACAACAACAACAAUACCAAUGGCAACGCCAGCAACAGCAUCAGCAAACGCCAACACCGCUAUUGAAGUGGCUCCAUCCUCUGCAUCACCAACAAAAUGCUCAUCAUCCGAUUCAUCCACAACUCCAGCGUUGGGCGUGGCAAGCGGCCGUCCCUUUCACGGAUUCGUAACGAAAUUGCGAAAUUUCAAAUUCAACGAUUCGAAAAAUAUUAGAAAACGUUUGCAUUUCGAUUUCAUAUCGAAGGACAGAUUUUUGGGCGGUCAACUAAAGACGAAAAAUGGACAGAAAUAUGUUUUCAAUGGGCCGCCAUCGGGUGUUUAUGUUUCGAGAACGUGUUUGGUCGUCGCGGCUUUCAUCAUGGUGGUAGCUCUGAUAUUCUCAGUGCUUGUUACCUACUACCUCGCCUCGCACAGUUUGCCUGUCAUGGAGCCCAGCGCCCAGGCACAGUCCAAGGAUCUCCAGAGUCACGAGAACGAUGCAACGAGCGAGACGCACGCGAAUGCAACGCCCUUGGCAAAUGCCAAGUUCGAUAUACCCGGCUGGCUGAAGCAAAAGGAGCCUGAAAUCGCAUCCAAGCCAGAAAAAGCCGUAGUUGUACCACCCGUCGGCGAUAUACCCGUGCUGGAGGAGACCCUGCACACAAAUGCAAAGUCUAUGGAACGCACGCUGCAGCUGUACGAGGGCUGGCGCCCUCUACACUACAGAAUUGUUAUCGAGCCAAAUGUCGAGACGUCCGCUAACAAUGGCAGUCUGUCGAUUGAAAUCGAGCGUGAUGCCAAGGUCAGCAGCUGGGAGCCCAUUGUACUGGACGUGCACAAUGUGAGCAUCUCUAAUGUGCGCGUGAUACGAGCGCCGGUUGGCAAUGGGAGCGAUGAGGUGGAUCUGGACUUCGACAGCGACUAUGGGGAGAGCAAUGCCACAUUUGUGAUUACACUGGACAAGGAUCUGGCAGGAGAGUCCAAUCUGCGAGUGCUACUGAGCCUGGACUUUGUCAGCCAGGUGACAGACACGCUGCAAGGCAUCUACAAGACCAGCUACACCAAUCCGGAGACCAAGCAGCUACAAUGGGUCAUCAGUACUCAGUUCUCGCCAAUUGAUGCCCGUCGCGCCUUCCCCUGCUUCGAUCGUCCCGACAUGAAGGCCAACUUUACCGUCAGCAUCGUGCGGGACACCAAGAAGACAAUGUGUCUGUCCAACAUGCCCAAAUAUCGUAGCAGUUCCCAUCGUCUUGGCUAUAUACGCGACGACUUCCUUACCACGCCCCGCAUGCCCACCUACCUCUUGGCUUUCAUUGUCUCCAAUAUGGUUGACUCGAGCUUUGGUGAGCUGGACAACGCCCUUGUGCCGCGCGUGGAGAUCUGGACGCGUCCCACAUUUGUGGACAUGACAAACUAUGCAUAUAAGAUGGUGCGUAAGUUCCUGCCCUACUAUGAGGAAUACUUCGGCAUCAAGAAUCAGCUGCCCAAGAUUGAUUUGGUUUCCGUGCCUGACUUUGGCUUCAGUGCCAUGGAGAACUGGGGUUUGAUCACCUUCCGUGACUCGGCGCUGUUGGUGCCCGAGGACCAGGAGCUGGCCUCAUCGUCGGAGCACAUGCAAUACGUAGCUCAGAUCAUUGCCCAUGAGUUGGCACAUCAGUGGUUCGGCAAUCUGGUGACACCCAAAUGGUGGGACGAUCUCUGGCUGAAGGAGGGCUUUGCCUGUUACAUGAGCUAUAAGGCGCUUAAUCAUGUGCAUCGCGAGUUCCAAAUUAUGGAUACAUUCACGGUGCUGGAAUUCAAGGAGUCCAUGCAACAUGAUGCCACCAAUACAUCUCAUUCCAUUUCCUUUGAUGUGAAGACCUCGAGCGAUGUGCGUCGCAUCUUUGAUCCCAUCAGCUACUCGAAGGGCACGAUUUUGCUGCGUAUGCUGAACUCCAUUGUGGGCGAUGAGGCCUUCCGUGCGGCUACCCAGGAUCUGCUCAAGACUUUUGCCUACGAAAACAUGUCACGCGAUGAUCUCUGGGCGUUCCUCACGCGCCAUGGCCAUGCGAAGGGUACGCUGCCCAAGAGCAUGAACGUCAAACAGAUCAUGGACUCAUGGAUAACACAGCCGGGCUAUCCGGUGGUGCACGUGGAGCGCAAUGGUGCGGAUUUGGUGCUGCGACAGGAGCGUUAUCUGCUGCCCACUCGCAAUCCCUUGGACACCAGUCGCUGGUUUAUACCCAUUACCUAUGAGACGGACGAGCUGCACAAGGGCGACAAUAUACCCACGCAUUGGAUGACCCAGGACCAGGAGCAGCUGCUGAUCAACGAUGUCUUCACCUCCGUCAACAACAGCGACAACGUUGUGUACCUGAAUCUAAACCGACAGAGCUACUAUCGGGUCAAUUACGACAUGACCUCCUGGCUGGCUCUGAAGAAGAACUUCAGCACACUGCCACGCAUCACUCGCGCUCAGCUGCUGGACGAUGCACUGCAUCUGUCGCAGGCCGAGUAUCUGCCUUACGAUAUACCUUUGACUUUCUUGAUGGAGCUAUUCACGGCCGUGGACGAUGAGUUGUUGUGGAGCGCAGCCAAGCCGGGUCUCAACUAUCUCAUCUACAAUCUGAAGCGGGAACCAGCCUAUGAGACCUUCAGGGCCUUCAUGAAGUUCAUAGUGCGUCCGGCCUUCGAUCAUUACGGCCUGAACGAGCCGGACAAUGAGUCGCAUCUGCAGCUAAAGCAUCGCGCCUUGGUUGCAAACUUUGCUUGCAAAUUCAACUACGAUCGCUGCACGCAGGUGGCACAGAUGAAAUUCCGUGAAUGGAUGCGUGAUCCCAAAAAGAAUCCCAUUAAGCCUAAUCUGAAGUCGGUCAUCUAUUGCACAGCCCUGGCGGAAGGCUCCUAUCCGGAGUGGUACUUCGCCUACAAACAGUACAAGAGAACGAACAGUGCCUCUGAGAAGGAGGAGAUACUUACAUCCCUAGGCUGCACUACCAAGCCCUGGCUCUUGUCCAAAUAUCUGAAUUUGACUGUGAACUCCACGUCGGGUAUACUCAAGCAGGAUGGCGCCUUAGCGUUCCGUGCUGUCGCCUCCAACGCCAUUGGCUAUGAGAUAGCCUUUGAUUUCCUACAGACCAACAUCAAGGAGAUAGCCGAAUACUAUGGCGAUGGCUUCUCGACGAUAACGGAGAUGAUCAAGUCGCUGACCAUCUAUAUGAACAAGGACUAUCAUAAGCAGCAGCUGCAAGCCUUGGCCGCCAAUUGCCGCAAGCUCGGCCUGAAGGCCGUCGAAAUUGCCAUCGGGCUGGCCAUGGAGCAGGUGAACGACAAUAUCUAUUGGCGCACCCACUCCUACGACAGCCUUAAAGGCUUCCUCGAGGCCAUUGUCAGCGAGUUCCAGAUCAACAUCUUCUAGGCCACUCGACGUCAUUGGCGCAACUUUUUCAACCGAAUGCUACAUUUUAUUCAAUAGCCUCAAUAUAAUUUUAGAAAUCAAAACAAAAUCAAUAUGUGAAACGAAUUAUUUGCGAAAAGUGAUAUAAACUUGUAAGUUAGCCAACUUAGUUAAGAUAGCCAGCAUCUAUAUGACUAUAGAUGCUCUACUUUUUGCAAGUAUCUGUAUAUUUAUUUAAUUUAUAAGUUCGUUCUGCUUCAGUCUAUUGUAAUUUAUUUUUGAGUUUCUUGCAACGUUCCUGUUUUGAAUAGAAAAAAAAACUAUAGUUUAUUAUCACAACAAUAGCCAAACAGAAGGAAAAGGAAAGAAAGCAAUUCAUUUCAUUCCGUCGGUCAAAAGUUGAAAAUUCAUCAAAACGUUUCCUAUACUGCUUGGGUAAAAUAUUAAAAAAUGAAAUACACUUGAAACUCUACUACUAAGCCAUUUAGCACUAAGUCAAACUAAAUUUAAUAUCUUUAAUUUGUAUUAAGUCCAACAAACAAACAAAAUGAAAAUGAAAGGAUGAACGAAGUGCUACCUUAAUUGGAUAGUGGAGGGAAAUUGAGUGUCCUUACCGCAAAGUUUCAAAGUAUUGCGAAAGUUAAACCUAAAUACAUAUAUAUAAAUAAAAAUAUAUCUAAUUAAUGUUAAUGUAAAAGUUAUCUAUUAUGAAAAUUUUAUAAUGCGUAACACUAAAUAUAUAUUCGCUUAGUGCACAACCAUGUAAAUAAGUUUUAAAGCAUAUUUAACUAAAAACAAAUAAAUAACUAAUGUAAUUACGUAAAUUUAAA